AAAGGCACUCAUAAACCAUUGUGAUAAACACCAUCACUAGCUAGUCCACCAACAUAUGCCAUUAUCGAAAGCCAUAUAGAAUAGUUUGGCCUAACUAGCUAGUUCCAAACCUUUUAACUUCUUCCCCUUCCAAAACCAAAACCCAUUGAUUGAUCAGUUUUCCAUUUAUUCAGGCAAGACAGCUCCAUCUGGUCCUCGGUCGAACAAAGAUGUGGCAUAUGCUAGCAACAAUGAGGCAAAAUCUCCAAAACAUGAGGAAAAGCCCCAGAGUAGCAGAUGAGAGCAUGGUUAACAUAGGAGGCGGGAACUUGGCAGUAGAAUUGCCAAUUAUAAGAAGAUCAUCAUCUCGCGGUUGGAAAGGAUUUUCGGUUAUAGUUAGCGUUGUGAUCCUGCCAUUUUCGGUUCUUUCUUGCUUCUCUCAGCCUCAUGUUCAUGGCGCUGACGGGGUUUGGGCGUCGGGUGAUUUUGCGCAGAUAACGGAGAUGAAUCAUCUAAUGGUAAGUGACAGCAUGCGCUAUGCCAUCUUGAUGUAAAAUUAUAAUGAAAUGUAUCGAUGGUAUUGGAGUGUGCUGGUGUUGCAGCAGUUCUACUACUUGCAUGGAUCGGCAAACAUAUAUACCUUUCUUUUAUAAAUAGAUGGUGAUUCAUGUAAUAGUUUUGACUUCUCCUAUAUCAUAUAUGAAUGUCGAGCGCGCAUACAAAUUCCAUGUAUGGCCACUGACCUUA